GUUUGAUAUGAUGUGAUCACACACAAACACACGCAACACAAACACACACACACUGACACAGGGGGCUCUCACACACACUUCCACUCAGAAUGACACAGCUCUGAUCGGAGGCAGGUGAUCUCUGAAAUUGCUCAGUGAGCUCCCCUAAUUUCCCUGAUUCACAAUCUGCUGUUAAUCACACCCAAUGGAAUCCAAUCAGAAGGGAAGUGGGGACGGGCUGGCGGGGACACAGAAAGAAGUAGCUCUAAGAGCACUUACCCAAAGGACCGGAUACCAGCUGAGACAGGAGAACGGCCAGCGGCGGUAUGGUGGUCCACCACCUGACUGGGAUGGGCCACCUCCUGAGAGAGGCAGUGAGAUAUUUGUGGGAAAACUCCCAAGAGACCUCUUUGAAGAUGAACUGGUUCCGUUGUGUGAGAAGUUUGGAAAGAUCUAUGAGGUGAGGAUGAUGAUGGACUUCAACGGGAACAACAGAGGUUACGCCUUUGUCACCUUCAGCAACAAACAGGAAGCCAGGACAGCCAUGAAGCAGCUUAACAACUAUGAGAUCAGGAACGGGCGCCUCCUCGGUGUCUGUGCGAGUGUGGAUAACUGCCGUCUGUUUGUCGGAGGGAUUCCUAAAACAAAGAAGCGUGAUGAGAUCCUGACGGAGAUGCGGAAGGUCACCGAUGGAGUUGUGGAUGUUAUCGUGUAUCCAAGCGCUGCAGACAAAUCCAAGAACAGAGGUUUCGCCUUUGUAGAGUAUGAGAGUCACCGAGCAGCCGCCAUGGCCCGACGCAAGCUCCUGCCAGGUCGGAUUCAGCUUUGGGGUCAUCCUAUUGCAGUGGACUGGGCAGAGCCUGAGGUAGAGGUUGAUGAGGAUACCAUGGCAACUGUUAAGAUUCUGUAUGUGCGGAACCUAAUGCUGCAAACCACAGAGGAGACCAUAGAGAAGGAGUUUAACAGCUUGAAACCAGGUGCAGUGGAGCGAGUGAAGAAGAUCAGAGACUAUGCCUUUGUACAUUUCAGUCAGAGAGAAGACGCUAUUAACGCGAUGAACGCUCUCAAUGGAAAGGUGGUGGACGGCUCUCCUAUCGAGGUGACUUUGGCCAAGCCAGUGGAUAAGGACAGCUAUGUUCGGUACACCAGAGGAACCGGAGGAAGAGGAGGCUCGGUUUUGCAGACUGACUACACAGCUUAUACUUUGGGACAGGUGUAUGACCCUACAGCGGCGUAUCUUGGGGCUCCUGUGUUUUAUGCCCCCCAAACCUACGCUGCCAUUCCUGGUCAAUUCCGCUUCCCAGCAGCCAAAGCUCAUGUAGGAGGUAGAGGACUGAUUAGAACGCCUUCGGUCAGAGAAAUUUACAUGACUGUACCUGUAGGGGCCGCUGGGGUGCGAGGGCUGGGUGGGCGGGGCUACCUGGCCUAUGCAGCUGGGGCUGGAGCCAUGGGACGAGGGGGUGGAAGCAGUGCCUCCUAUGGUAUGAAGGGGGACAAACAGGCUGAAGAAAAGCUAUAUGACCUGCUGCCAGGGAUGGAGCUGACACCGAUGAAUCCUGCUGCCAUGAGCCUGAAGGCCAGCAGCAUCAAGCCACCGACGCAGGUUUUGGAGGAGCUGUGUCAGAAGAAUAACUGGGGUCAGCCGGUCUAUCAACUCCAUUCGGCCAUCAGUCCAGACCAACGACAGCUCUUCCUCUACAAGAUCACCAUCCCAGCUCUCGCCAAUCAGUACCCCAACGUACAUCCCUUCACUCCUGCCAAACUGUGCGUGUCAGUGGAAGAAGCCAAGGUCCAUGCAGCUGAACAUACCCUGCAGACACUCGGCCUGCAGACAGAGGGCGCUGCUGAUGCCAGCUGUGCUACUGCAGCUGCUGUGGCCUCAGUAGCCUUCCCAGGCUACGCACUGGCGAGCCCUGCAUCCUCAGGAGUCGCCUCCCAGCUAAAGCAGGCUGUCUCUCUUGGACAAGAUCUAACUGCCUACACAACGUACGAGGGCUAUCCUGCAUUUGCCUUGGCAGCUCGCCACACUGAUGGAUAUGGUGUUUUCUAAAGCAGCCUUUUCGAGGGAAGUUAAAUUGCAUUUAUACCACAAUGCUUUCCUUACUACAAAAUUUGAUUCAGUUUAGAAAAAGCAAACUCUGUGACCUGGCAGGUGGUCAGAUUUUUUUUUGGCUCUUAGUUAAUAGCAGGUUUCAAGUAAACUGGUGCAAACGUAGUAUUUAGCUGUUGUGUUUAGGUUAUACAGGGAGAACAAACUCUGUUGAGUUUAGUU